AUGGAACGAGGAAGAGGAGGGACUCUGAAGAUUCUGUUCCUGUUGACACUCUGUCUACAAGCCUUCACUGGUCAAUGCCAAGAUUCAGGGCAGCCCUCUGACCUGAGGAUAGUUCUGGUGGGGAAGACUGGAUCAGGGAAGAGUGCAACAGGAAACACCAUCCUGGGGAGGGAGGUGUUUAAAGCGGGGGCUUCUCCAGUGUCUGUGACUACACAGAGUGAGAAACAGAGUGGAGUGGUGGAUGGGAGGAAGAUUGAUGUCAUCGACACCCCGGAGCACUAUGACACAACAAUGUCUAAAGAAGAGAUAAAAAGAGAAAUAGAGAAGGCCAUCUACAUGUCCGUCCCAGGACCCCACGCCUUCCUGCUGGUGAUCAGACUGGUGAGGUUCACAGAGGAGGAGAGGAACACUGUGAAGUGGAUCCAGGAGAACUUUGGAGAAGAAGCCUCAAAGUACACCAUCAUUCUGUUCACACAUGGAGACCAGCUGGAGGACAAAUCAUUGGUGGACUUUCUGAAUACGAGUGAGGAGCUUAUGAAACUCGUCAAGGUCUUUAAGGACAGAAAUCAUGUCUUCAAUAAUAACAAGAAGAAUGACAACAAUCAGGUCCCAGAGCUGCUGAAGAAGAUAGAUGAGAUGGUGAUGAAGAAUGGAGGAAAACAUUACACCAAUGAGAUGUACCAGGAGACCCAGAGGAAGAUCAAAGAGGAGGAGGAGAGGAAGAGACAGCAGGAGAGAGAGGAGGAGAGGAAGAGACAGCAGGAGAGAGAGGAGGCGAUGAGGAAGAUGGCAGAGGAGAGCCUGGAAAAUGUAAUGGACAUAUCAGGAAAACUUGUGGGAUUGUUAGCAACUGGUAUCACAGCGCUGGUUUCAGGACCAGCAGCUAUCGCAGUUGGAAGUGCUGUACUUGCAAAAGAGGCAGUUGAAUAUGCAGUUGACAAUCUUUACAAUUCUAAUUUAAGUAAAGAUGAGGAAGAGUAG